UUGGUAUUGCUAUACCGUAGUAGUAGUAUAGUUCACCCGGAUAGAGGAAUAAAAAUCCCUUCCGUGGAAUAUUGUGAGUUUGGUACAAGCUACGAAUCAGGAAGUGAAAAAACAAGUUUGAACAGGUAGCAUUUCUAGCAAUGUCUGCAAUUACUCCUGUGUCACGUGACAAAUAUUUGUACUGGUAUAAAGGAUUCUGUUUCAUAAAGGAAAUGAUGACACCAGAGUUUGUAGACUCCAUACAGGAUCUUAAAAUAAGAGAUGAUGAUGUUUUCUUGAUUACAUAUCCAAAAUCAGGAACUAUUUGGUCUCAGCAAAUCUUAAGCUUAAUAUGCAGUGAAGAGCACCGAAAUGGUACUGGAAAGAUCGACACUUCUGAAAGAGUGCAAUGGCUUGAGUUCCCAACUCUAAAUCCGGAUGUAGAUCACAGCAGUCGUCCUUCUCCUCGUCUAUUUGUAUCCCAUUUGGCAGAACCAUUUGUUCCCCAAGGGCUAAAAAAUAAAAAGGCAAAAGUUAUUUACGUGAUGAGAAAUCCAAAGGAUGUUAUGAAUUCAUUUUAUCAUUUUCAAAAGAUCGCUGUUUUAUCGGAGAAGUCACCAGAUUUUCAGCACUUUUUUGAGAAAUUCUUGGAUGGAGAAGUUUAUGGAGGCAAAUGGUUUGAUCACUUUCAAGGAUGGUACAAUCAUAAGGAUUCAUACAAUAUCCUUUUUUUAAACUAUGAAGACAUGAUAAAGGACCUGCGAUCUGUUGCUAAGAAAAUCUCCACAUUUUUAGGAAUAAAAUUAGAUGAUAAGGCUAUGGAUAUUGUGAUAAAAAAAGCAUCUUUCAAAGAGAUGAAAAUAGAUCCUCUUGCAAAUAAAGAAAAUAUGCCUGAGAAUAUUAUAGAUAAAAAAUGUGGGUCAUUUAUGCGUAAAGGUCAAGUUGGAGACUGGAAAAACAUAAUGACUGUGGCCCAGAGUGAGACAUUUGACAAACUAUUGCAGGAGAAAAUGGGAAAUUUAUCACAAAUUUUUACCUGGGAAUUCUCAGAAUGAUCAAGAAUAGCCUUCAGUUUUCUCUCAUUUCACUUUCUUAUCUCAUGUCAUGACAAAAAUACAAAUGCAUUUUCCUUGAUUUAAAGUGGUAAAUAUAUAAUCAUAAUAUAUAUUAUUAUUAAAAAAAUUGUAAAUCAGAA